CGCGCUUUCGAUCUGCUCCGUUUUUCUUCUUCAAUUGCAGAGCAAACCGAAACCAACCCACGUCCCGCUCCGCCAUCCGCCGAUCUCCGUGACCCGAUCACAGGAACCCCAAUUCCCCAUGGCCGGCUACCCCCCACCCCCCGGCUCCGGCUACCCCUACGGCGCCCCACCCACCGAUCCAUACGGCCAGAAACCACCAAAGGAAGGCAAGAACUCCGGCUCCGACCCCUACCACGGCGCCCCGCCUCCGCAGCAGCCUUACGGCGGCGCCGGCGGCUACGGUGCCCCAGCGCCCUACGGCCAGAAGCCCCCCAAGGAGGGAAAGAUCUCCGCUUCCGACCCCUACCACGGCGCGCCGCCCCAGCAGCAGCAGCCCUACGGCGGCUACGGAGCCCCAGAACCGUACGGCCAGAAGCCUCCCAAGGAAGGCAAGACCUCCUCCGGCUCCGACCCCUACCACGGCUCCUCGCCCCCUUACGGCGGCGGCUACGGAGCCCCCGCGCCGCCCUACGGCCAGAAGCCCCCCAAGGAAGGCAAGGCCUCCUCCGGCUCCGACCCCUACCACGGCGGCCCGCCCCCGCAGCAGCCCUACGGCGGGGCCGGCGGUGCGUACGGAGCCCCGCCCGCCGGGCAGCAGCCCUACGGCGCCCCUCCGCCCUCGUCGUACGGCGGCGGGUACGGGAGCCCGUUCGCGGCGCUCGUGCCGUCCGCGUUCCCGCCCGGGACCGAUCCCAACAUCGUCGCGUGCUUCCAGGCGGCGGACCGCGACGGCAGCGGCAUGAUCGACGACAAGGAGCUGCAGUCCGCGCUCUCCGGCUACAGCGGAUUCAGCCUCCGCACCGUCCACCUACUCAUGUACCUCUUCACCAACACUAACGUCCGCAAGAUCGGGCCCAAGGAGUUCACUUCUGUGUUUUACAGUCUUCAGAACUGGAGGGGUAUAUUUGACAGGUUUGAUCGUGACCGAAGUGGAAAAAUUGAUGCACCAGAGCUGCGUGAUGCUCUUCUCGAUCUGGGAUAUUCAGUUUCCCCAACUGUGCUAGAUUUGCUUGUAUCUAAAUUUGACAAGACUGGGGGCAAGAACAAAGCUGUCGAAUAUGACAACUUCAUUGAAUGCUGUCUCACAGUGAAGGGUCUGACCGAGAAAUUCAAGGAGAAGGACAUGGCGUACUCUGGGUCUGCAACUUUCGGUUACGAGGCUUUCAUGCUCACCGUGCUCCCUUUCCUCAUCGCAUGAUUCAACCGUGGUGCUUCAGGGCUGAGCAGCUUAAUAACGCCGGCGAGUUAUUGUGUCAAAAUGGUUAUACCUGUUUGCUAUAGCUGUUGUUGCAACUACUGGUAGCUGUGUGGCUGUAAUUCAGGCGAGUCGAAAGUAAUGGAUGUUUAGUGCUUAAUUUUCUGUGCAACACGUUUUUUUUCCCUCCGAGAAUCAAUACAGAAAGCUAACCGUGCAGUUUAUAUAUGGAUUCUGGAGAUGAUGUUCA